GUUAUCAGUUUCGAUUUCAUAACAAAGAGCGUUUCUGUUUCUUGGUUCCAGAUCGGACAGGAAAUUUAUCUCAAGUUGAAGGACAAGGAACGCCAGCUGGAACUGGAACAGCUGGAGCUGAAUCUCGCUCUGAAUGCCCCAACUCAGACGACUGAAGAAUAAUAGCAUUUAUGCCAUUUAGCUGACAAAAGUACUUUUAGCAGUAAGUUCCUUGUUAUAAUUACUAAGUUAUCAGAAACCGGAAUCGACAAUGUCUCGCGUGGUGCACAUUCUGAGAGCCGGCAAGCUAAGCUACCAAAAGUCGUUAAACCUCCAAAAAACGGUGUCCUCGGCCGUACUCAACGGGGACCAAUCGAACGUGCUAAUCCUAACCGAACACGAUCCCGUCUACACCGUUGGAAUCCGAACGAAAUCCUACGGCCCAGAAGAGGAACGUCGACUGAAAGCGCUCGGAGCGGAAUUCUUCCGGACCAAUCGCGGUGGGUUGAUUACGUUUCACGGCCCCGGCCAGCUGGUGGCCUAUCCGGUGCUGAAUCUGAAGAACUUCCAACCGAGCGUCCGGUGGUACGUUUGUCACAUCGAGAAGACUGUGAUCGAUCUGUGCCGGAGGUAUGGACUGAAGGCGGCCACGACGGAGGACACGGGAGUUUGGAUCGGAGACAGAAAGAUUUGUGCGAUCGGCAUUCACGCAAGCAGGUAUGUUACGACUCACGGGUUGGCGCUGAAUUGCAACAAUGAUUUGGGGUGGUUCAAACAUAUCGUUCCCUGUGGGAUCGAAGGCAAGGGGGUUACCUCGUUGAGUACGGAGUUAAGCCGGGAGGUGCCGGUCGAGGAAGCAACGGCAAAGUUUUUGGAAAGUUUCCGGGACGUUUUACAGUGCGAUUUGAAAGAGUUGGAACCGGAUAAGCAACGCGAGAUUCUGGGGCAGGGAUGUUCUUUCAGUUCAUAAGAUAUUCAAGACACUUAAACAGGUCACAGCCGAACAAAGCCAAUCGUUAUGUAUUGCGAAUAAAGCUCUAACUAAUUUUCUUAUUA